UUUCACCUCUGACGUGGAUUUGCCGGAAUAGUACCUAUCACAUCUGUGGUCGUGUUUUCUUCACUAAUAUAUUCAAAAGUUUCGUAAGAAGUAAAUAAAAGUUCUAGUCUCAAGGCUUGAAAUGUCCGGAUUAAGCUUUGCUAUAAUAAAAUGUCGGAGUGGUAUUGGAAGGUCAUAGCUUUAAAGGCAGCUUUCGUUCUAACAUGCGUCGCAACUUAUCUUCGAGCAGAAGAUAAUGUACAGAAAUUGCCGUUUUGUAAUCCUCAUAACAACAUAAACGGUGCUCCCGUUACUAAUGACUUAGUUCUAGUCAGCACUUUAGAUGGCAAAUUGACUGCAUUUUCUACUGACAAUGGCAUCAAAGCUUGGGCUUUAGAGACACAACCAUUACUAUCUUCAAAUUUACAUCAUGUUGAGCUAACAUCUGGAGGAAAAUGGGUGCGUUUAGUACCAUCCUUACGAGGCACUCUGUACAGCCUUAGUGGUGAUACAAUCGAGCCCCUUCCCUUCGACGCGGAACAGCUGCUUUCAGCGUCUUUCAAGUAUUCAGAUGAUCUAGUUAUAGCAGGUGCCCGUGAAACACUAUGGCUAGGCGUAGAUACUGCUUCAGGCAGUGUUAUUUACGAAUGUGGCUCCAGCGGGUGCAACAGCGAACAGCAGACAGCAAGUGUGAACAGGGAUGUGUUGGUGCUGAGAAGGCAUUCCAACACUUUGCGGGCACUCGAUCCUCGAUCAGGCAAUGAAAAAUGGAACUUCAGUGUUGCGGAACAUAAUUUGGCGCUGAGUCGUCGUGAAUGUGAAGGGGGUAAUAAGGGUCCCUCUAAGGCUGCUGUAGCCGUUGGUGUCGCCAUGCCAGAGGGAGUUGUAGCCGUAAGACGACCGGGGGACUCGGGAUUGCUGUGGCGACAGAAGUUGGACGCACCCGUGGCUAAUAUGUGGAGAUUACAUGACGGUUCUCUACAAAAUAUCGACGUAUUGUGGGAAGCCACUCAAUCACUUGUGGAAGGAAGCGGGCCUAUUGCACCGCCCUCUUUGUACAUUGGUGUGCACGAUAGACAGCUGUACAUUCAGGAAAGCGUAUUUUACUCCCAGAAGUUAGAAACGGCCGUAGUGCCUAAGAAUGCCCCGUGGAAAGUGAAACAUUCUAGACCUCUUAUAGAAAAUGACGAACAAGACAAGGCUCUUUCGGUACAAGACGCGGACGCUAAUACGUUGUCACUCAUAACGCUGUACGGAAAAACGGAGUAUAACGGUAACCACGGUUUCUUCUUGUAUUUGCAAGAGACUUGCGACCAAGCGUUGCAAGUGACGCCAGAGAUCGACGGACCGGACAUAGUGCCGCCCAAUGCUAGCGAAGAACAUGAGCAUCACCAUAUACACGUGCAUGUGUACUCGCUGUGGUUCUGGUGGAAAGAGGUUCUGCUGAUAGCUGUUAGUUCGGCACUACUAAUGAAUCUGAUGUUCUGGCCGCGUUUUAUCGCGCCUAUGUUUAGGCCGUCUACUCCUCUGCCUAUUAACCAGAAAGAGAACAUAGUAGUGGAACGCUACUAUGAACGGCCGGUCACCAGCGAGUACUCGGGUCGCUACGAGAAUGAUUUCACGCCGCUGCGAUGCCUCGGCAAGGGCGGUUUCGGGGUUGUAUUCGAAGCCAGGAACAAUAUAGACCACUGUUCGUACGCAGUCAAGAGGAUCACGCUGCCUAGAAAGGAGUCGAAACGUGAACGAGUUUUGCGCGAAGUGCGAGCUCUGGCCAAAUUGGAGCACGAAAAUAUCGUGCGAUAUUUCAACGCGUGGUUAGAGGAACCGCCGCCAUUGUGGCAACAGCAGAGAGACGCCGCCUGGAUAAGGGAAUUAGAAGGAGCCGGUGUUUCAUAUAUGUCUGAUGAAUACACCGCCACCUCUCCCCUUCCGAAGUCUGCCUACAAUAAGAGCACCAGCGUCACGCUGGAUUUACAAAAAUGCGAUGAAUGCGUGGACGCUUUUGAUUUCGAGAAACAACUUGCUGCCGAAAAGUCGAAGAGACAGAGAUCGCUGAGUUGCAACGAUUCAUUUAGCAUUGUGUUCGACGAUGAAGCUACCAAAGACACUCCGGCAUCGCAAAAAGCUUCAACAGAUAAUUCGAAAAUGAACUCUAGUAACGUAACUCCUAAUAUUUUGUCUAAGAACUUGAGCGAUUUGACGAAUCAUACGUUGUCUAAGCGGAAGAGUGAAAAUGAAGAUUCGUUUGUGGUGUUUGCUCAUUCGGAAGAGCGUUCCAGACAACUCCAGUCGGAGGCUAGAAAUGUAGCCUCAUUCGAUAAAAGAUUGGAGAGGGUCAAAGAAAUGGACGGUGUCACAAAGACUGACAGCUCUAAGCCCAGUAAGAAGAAAAAGAAAGGUCACCGCCGCCACUGGUCGUUGGAUAUGUGCGUCAGAGAGGAACCGGUGGCAGACAGCAAGAUGUAUUUAUACAUACAGAUGCAACUAUGCCGUCGGGAUAGUUUGCACGACUGGCUGAGGCACAAUCGUACGCCCGCAGCCAGGGCGGAUAAGGUAAAAGUGCUGUUCAGUCAGAUAGUAUCCGCGGUGGAAUACGUACAUUUGGCGGGGUUGAUCCACCGCGACCUAAAGCCCAGUAACAUAUUCUUCGCGCCCGACGGUCGAGUGAAAGUAGGCGACUUUGGCCUAGUCACUGCUAUGGCGGAUGGAUCCCAAGACGGAGAACCGACCAAUGACAUGGAUGCGCAUGCGAGACACACUUACAGAGUCGGCACACACCUAUACAUGUCUCCGGAGCAGCUGCUAGGCCGCUCUUACAGCUACAAGGUGGACAUAUACUCGCUGGGGCUGAUAUUGUAUGAACUGUUGGAACCGUUCGGCACUGAGGCGGAGCGGGUUAAUUGUUUAAUGCGCGCGAGAAACUCUCACUACCCGCACCAAUUCACCGAGAAACAUCCGCAAGAGACAGAAGUGCUAAAGUUGAUGCUAAGCGAGGAUCCGUCCCAACGACCGACCGCCAUGGGGGUGAAAGCUCGAGCCCCCUUAUUCCAAGAAACUGAUGAGAAGUGGCACUUUACACUACCCUCAUUGGCUUCAUGAGGAACCAAGCAAUGAUUACUGGAUGCAGUACAGAAACCAUCACCAGUUAUUACUGUUACUUAAUAGUUCUUAUUGUUACCUUUUUAUUUGCGAAGUAUUAAAUGACUACAUGUGUGUAUUCAGUGACAGUGAAAAUCUUAAUCCUGCGAACCGAUGUCUUUAUAAGUUUAAUAUUUCCUAAAACCUUAUAAUCAAUUUUAGUACAGUGAAGUUUUUUACUAAAUAAAAGUAAACUUCUUCAGCAAAGAUCAUAGAUAGACUUGGACGCCUGCGCAAUAGCCAUUUUACAUACAGAAACGUCUCCUGCACAAGUUUAUUUGUCUGUCUUAGCUGGCUUUGCUCCAGAAGUUUGCCGCGACCUAUAAAAAGGAGUACCAUCCGUCCAGAUAAGACCGGACAUGUCCGAACUUUUUGGCUAUAGUCCGGACUUUGUCAGGAUCUUUAAAUUGUCCGGAUUUUUUAAACUUAAUUGAAUAAUAAAAGAACAUAUCGAUUUAAAUACCAUACCAUUGUAACUAAGUGAGUAAUGGUACCAUACUGUGACUAAAAAGUCCGGACUUUUUUCGAAAUGUCACGAUUUUUGUCAGGACUUUUGAAAUUCCUAACGGGUCACCCUACCUAUAAAGCUAGGAGCUACCUUCCUUAGCACGGAGGAGUUCGACAUACUGAAUUGUUGCCCACCCAGAAUGGGUAUACCGGCUCAUUACAUAAGUUUCACAACGACGAUUAAAUUAUCAGUAGUCCCUCCUCAGUUAAUUUACUUGAUUGCAAACACAUUUCCCGUCCUAUUUUUAUGAUAGCGAUACAUUUACAGUCGCCGAAGCUGGAAAAUAUAAAGUACAAACAAACGUUUGGGGGUUCGUAAUAUUUGAAUUCAAGGACAAAAAUAACCUAAUUCGAUCAGCGGUAAUUUAGGAAUUGGUUAGCAAAAAGCAAAUGAAUUGAAUUGUUUUGUUUUACAUUAUGUUAUUUUACAAUUAUAUUCCUGUCACACUUUGUUUAACCCAAUAAAUUUAUUAGAAGUACUUGUCUAAUAAAACAACUAAAGCUUUAUGUCGUGUAGCGUUCUUUUUUGUAGAAUUAACUAUAUUAUUAUUGGAUUUGAUAAUUUAAUUCGUAGAGUUAACAUUGGAUGGUGCUCAAUAAAAUCCGAUUCAAAAUUAGCAAAUAGGAUUUUCCAUCACUAAAGAAAAUUGCGAUGAAUUCUUCCUUAUUCAAGUUUGUCACGAAAGAUGAAAACUCAAGACUAUUUCAAUCAUUAGAUCUAUAAAUUCUAUUGUAUUUGCUUAGGACUUUUUGGAAUAAUGUGUGUUCCUAAAUAAUUAGGAGGCUUAGAUCGGAAAUUUGUAUUAUCUUUGUCGAACAGUAAAUAUAAACGGUUUGAAUACUUUUAUGUUUUAUAGGUAAUUGGCGGUACAAUAACCACUUAUUUGAAAAGACUUUAAAAAGUUUUUAAUAGUCGGCAGCACUAAUUAUGUAAUUAGUGUUAUUUUAAGAGAGUUUGUGUUAGGCGAAUUAUAUUUGUCCAAAGAGCUGGUGUUGCUGAAAAUAAAUUUGUUAAUGUAUAAUAUUGUUUAACAUGAGAAAUAAUGAAAUUUGUAUUGAUGUGAUAGCACUGUAUGUUUGAUAUAUCGCUUGCGAUAGUUACACAGAGCGUUGAAAUCAUAAUAAGAUAAUGAAAUUUAGACAAUAUUGAUACGCAAGUGACGUAUUUCCAAUUAAGCAAUACCUAUUGUUUGUAAUAAAUAAUAUUUUUUAUAAAUUCUUAAGACUGUUUGUGUAUUUUGCGCUGUUUGUGUGCAGCAUGUUGCUACCGUAGGACUUAUUCACUUAUUAGUUCAGUCACUUUAUUGUAAGUACAUAAUAAGUAUUUGGUUUAGCUAUAAGUAGCUUCGUUAGUAUUGUGUUAGUUUAAAUAAGUUUAUGG